GACUCCUCAAGAUGUUCUGAAGAUGGGAGUCUUUUGAUGCCUGAGCUUCCCCUCUCCCCAGAUCCUCUCCUCUCCAAGCGAGUCUUUUCGUGUCUGUAGUUUUCUCAGGGGAAAAGGGGACGGAAAGGGAGUACAAAGAUCGUUUUCUCGGGGUCACCUCAACCCAUCAUCCAUCUCUUAUGAUCUCCUUUCCCUUCCUCUAAGGCUUUUCUCCUAAUGGGUGUGGGGUUCUUCAUUUGCUUCCUUGCUGUGGUGAUGUUGUUAAGAUGCUCGGCUUCUCCGCAGCUCAAUACGGAUGAGUUCGUUGUCUCUGAUUUUUUUCUGAAGAUGCGAGCGGAGGUCUCUUCUCCCGUCUCUGGCUCCUCUUAUUCGGUUUGCUCGUGGAAAGGCGUCUCCUGUGACGAAAGGAAGGAGAAAGUCAUCGCCUUGGUGGCUUCCGGCCUCGGGCUCUCUGGCCCCAUACCGGAGAACACCAUUGGAAAGCUCAGCAAGCUUCAAACUUUGGAUCUCAGUGCCAAUAACAUCACUGGGCUUUCUUUGGAUAUUUGGGGACUGGGUAGCUCUCUCAAGAGCCUCAACCUUUCUUCGAACCAGAUUAACGGGUCUCUUCCUGACAACCUUGCGGAUUUCGGGGAAUUGGAAAGCCUCGACCUUUCUUGCAACGGCUUCUCCGGCGAGAUCCCGACAGCGUUGGGCUCCCUCUCGAGAUUGAAAGUUCUCAAUUUCAGCGGCAAUGGGUUCGAGGGGAGCAUCCCGGAUUCCAUUCUCGGCUGUAAGUCCUUGGUUUCCAUCGAUCUCUCGAGGAACAGACUGAAUGGUACCGUGCCGGGUGGCCUCAAUGAUGCAUUCGAAAAUUUGAUGUUCUUGGAUCUUUCUGGAAAUGAGAUUAAUGGGACGCUGCCGGUGUUAUCAGGGCUGAACUCCAUCACCUAUCUCAAUCUCUCAGGAAAUUUGUUUCAGGGUUCGGUUCUUGGGGUGUUUCAGGAGCCAUUGCAGGUCAUAGACCUCAGUAACAACCAGUUCCAAGGACACAUCUCUCAGGUAAACCUCAGCUCCAGCUACACUUGGUCUUCCUUAGUUUAUCUUGACUUGUCUGGGAAUGAACUCAACGGAGAAUUCUUCGGUGAUUUGGGCCGAGCCCGGUCGCUUAAACACCUUAAUCUUGCAUUCAAUAGGUUUUCUCAUCAGAAUUUCCCUCAGCUGGAGCAGCUUUCUGGUCUGGAAUAUCUCAAUUUGUCGAAAACUAGCCUGAGUGGCCAAAUUCCAACUGAAUUCUCUAAAUUGGUACGCUUGAAGACACUAGACCUUUCGCAGAAUCAGAUAGCUGGCUAUAUUCCUGAUUUGAGCGUGGUCAAUCUACAAGUUCUAGACCUUUCAAUGAAUAAUCUCACAGGUGGAAUCCCCGGGCCUCUGCUAAACAAGUUACCCAACAUGAUAAGGUUCAACUUCUCCUACAACUACCUUAAACUUUGCGCUGCUAGAUUGUCACCCGAAACAUUCAACACGGCAUUUGUCGGAUCCCACAAUGACUGCCCAAUCGCAGUCGACCCAGAUGUUAUCAGAGAGAAGGGGAUGAAGCAUAGGGGCCUCAGGUUAGCAGUGGCCGUAUCUCUGUCGGUCUUCUUUUUGAUAGCAGGAUUGGUGUGCCUUGCCUUUAGAUUCCGAAAGAGAACUAGAUCAUGGGCAGUCAAGCAGCUCCCAUCCAAGGAGGAACCAAAUGUUUCAGGCCCGUUCUCCUUUCAGACGGAUUCAAAAACCUGGGUUGCCAAUGUCAAGAGUGCUACCUCUGUCCCCGUUGUCAUAUUCGAGAAGCCAUUGCUGAACUUUACCUUUGCCGACCUCUUGACUGCAACUUCACAUUUUGAUAGGGGAACUUUUUUAGCUGAAGGGAAGUUCGGUCCGGUGUAUAGAGGUAUUCUACCUGGAGGAAUUCAUGUGGCCGUGAAGGUUUUGGUUCAUGGUUCUGCAGUGACAGACCAGGAAGCGGCCAGAGAGCUUGAGAGACUUGGACGGAUCAAGCACAUUAAUCUAGUCCCUUUGACAGGCUAUUGCUUAGCAGGGGAUCGGAGGAUUGCUAUAUAUGAUUACAUGGAGAAUGGAAAUCUACAGAAUUUGCUUCAUGACCUACCAUUAGGAGUGCAGACAACCGAGGAUUGGAGUGCUGAUACAUGGGAAGAAGAUGCUGGCAUUGUCGAAAACAUCACAACUGAAGGGAUGACUACUUGGAGAUUUAGGCAUAAAAUUGCACUUGGAGCAGCAAGAGCAUUGGCUUUUCUCCACCAUGGAUGCUACCCUGAGAUAGUUCACAGAGAUGUGAAGGCAAAUAGCAUCUAUCUUGAUUCAGCAUUGGAGCCUAGAUUAUCUGAUUUUGGAUUGUCAAGGAUAGUUGGAGCUAGCUUGGAGGAUGAGAUCUCUCGGGGAUCGCCAGGCUAUGCUCCUCCAGAGUUCUCCGAGUCGGAAAAUGUCUCAGCAACAACAAGAUCUGAUGUAUAUGGCUUUGGGAUUGUGCUUUUUGAGCUCAUUACGGGGAAGAAACCGCUUGGAGAUGACUAUACUGACGAGAGGGAGACUACUCUUGUCAGUUGGGCUAGAACAUUGGUAAGGAAGAAUCAGGGAUCGAGAAUAAUCGACCCUAAGAUUCGGGAGACUGGAUUGGAGAAACAAAUGGAGGAAGCACUAAGGAUUGCUUAUCUGUGCACUGCUGACCUACCAUCAAAGAGGCCUUCCAUGCAGCAAAUAGUUGGCCUCUUGAAGGACAUCGAGCCCAUAUCCGCUGAUCACUGAAAUGGAGAAGCAUGGGUCAGCUUUUCUUGUCUCUCAAUAUUGCUGCUCUUCCAGUAGAAGGAGAUGUACAGCAGUUCUAAACUACUUCCGCAUUGAAGUUCUUGCUUUUUUUCAGAUUUUCGUUCAAGUUUCAGAAGAAGAUUUACAUCAAAGUGACUCCCACAAAAUGCUUGAACUAUUACAUACUCCAUUAGUUUCUUUCCUUUUCAUGGUUCCUUGCUUCAUUGCUUUUGUUUAUCACAAAACAGCCAUAGUACCCUUUUUUGUGACUUCUGAAGUCCAGUUUCCUGGAUGUCAGUAAAGCAAAGUGGCUUUUGAUGUUUUUCACUCAUUUGGUUCUCAACGGAUCGAGGUAACACCUCUUAAAGUA